CGGACACGUCAUGCUUUCACACCGGCUGCCUCUCCUGCAGCUCCGGAGAGACCUGGUCUAUAUCCACGCACUGAGCCCUUGGCCGGCAUCUGCACAUCGGUGCCUCUCUCUCUCCCGCCUCCCAGACAGCCUGAUCGCCAUGUCGCAGGAAACACCAAAGAACGUGCGAUCUUCGCACCACACUAACCCUUCGGGUGGCCUGACGCUGGUCAUCAAGCUCGGCACGUCGUCCAUCUGCGACGAAAAGACGCACCUCCCCAAGUUGGCGAACCUCUCGCUUCUUGUCGAGACUGUUGUCCAGCUGCGAAACCUCGGCCACCAGGUCGUUUUGGUGACGAGUGGCGCCGUCGGCGUCGGCCUGAAGCGCCUCAACAUGCCCAGGAGACCGAAGCAUCUGGCCCAAGUUCAGGCCGUUGCUGCCGUUGGUCAAGGAAGGCUGAUGGCCCUUUACGACGACCUGUUCGGCAACUUUGACCAGCCCAUUGCCCAGAUUCUGCUGACGAGAGACACACUUGCCGAGCGGUCACAAUAUCUGAAUGCCUGCAACACCUUCAAUGAGCUGCUCCACAUGGGCGUCAUCCCCAUCGUCAACGAAAACGACACAGUAUCACACUCGGAAAUCCGUUUUGGCGACAACGACACGCUCUCGGCCGUGACGGCCGGCAUGAUCAACGCCGACUAUCUCUUCCUGCUGACCGAUGUCGAGUGUCUUUAUACCGACAAUCCCCGCACCAACCCCGAAGCGCGGGCCGUCCGUGUCGUCCAGGAUGUCGCCAAGCUCCGGGAGGAAGUCAUCGUCUCCUCCCCUGGAUCCGCACUUGGCACCGGCGGCAUGGUGACAAAGUUGAUCGCUGCCGAUCUGGCUACGGCCGCUGGAUGCGCAACCAUCAUUACCCUGGGCUCGAUGCCCCAGCGCAUCGUCCAGAUCCUGGAGGAGAUUGGCGAGCAUGCGGCUCAGCACGGUGAUUCUCCCCUGGAGCUUACCUACGGCACAUAUUUUCUUGCAAAGCCCAACCCCAUGGUCGACCGCAAAUGGUGGAUCCUGCACGGCCUCGCAACGUACGGCUCGAUCACAGUCGACUCGGGGGCAGUCCGGGCGCUCAUCAAACAGCGAUCGUCGCUGUUUGCCGCGGGCAUCGUCAAGGUGGAGGGUUCCUUUGUCGCGCAGCAGAGCGUCCGGGUGCUGACGGUGAUCCAGGACGACGACACUGGCGCAGAGUCGAUCGUCGAGGUCGGCAAGGGCAUCGCCAGCUACACGGCCCAGGAAAUCUCGCGGAUCAAGGGAUGCAAGAGCAAGGAAAUCGUUGGCCUGCUUGGCUAUGUCGACGCCGAGUAUGUGAUCCACCGCGACAACCUGGUCGUGACCAACCCCGAUCUGGACUGGACCAAGGUGGUUCUGAAGGCCGGAAACCGAUCUCCAACCGACAACUAGGGGCGCCGGGGAACUAUCUUCCUCCAGCCUAGCCCAGCCCGGAGACUUCUGUAACGAGAGCGCCUUGGCCGCCAAUGACUCUGGAGUGGACACCAGAGUCCCUGAAUCGAUCGAUCCGCUGGUGCUGCCUCGGUGCUGCCUCCGGUGCUGCCUCCGGUGCUUCCCCAAUACAGCGACGCUGAGAUGGGCCGAGAUGUCAUUGCA